AUGUCUGAGGAAUUGUGGGUGAUUCCACCCCUCAGAACGAAGGGACCGAGUUUGGACCUUCCCUUCCCCUUGGGAAGCGGUUCCGGUCAGGUGCCAGCUUUUCCAGAAAACGGUGAUGAAAAAUGGGUUUCGAGAGCGGCAGCCCUCAAGGGUUUGCAUUAG